GGCUCUAACGACAUCAAUCUGUAUUUGUGAAGCUUCUUUUGCUGCGGUUAUAUUAAUCUUUCCUCAUUCCGCUCCUUCACGCCCAGUCUCUUUCUCUCUCAUCUUUUUCAUCCGAUUCUCUCUCCUACUUUAAUUUAACUUUUCGUGCCACGCCGCGAAAACUUCCAUAUGUAUUCUCAACCAACUAUGAAACCCUAGAAAAAAUUGCCAGUGUUGUUGAACUGUCUCAGUCUCGGCGUCGGCUCUUCACCAGAUCUAGAGCCCAACGAGCUGCAUUUCGAACUAGAUCCAAGAACGACCCCGUGUGUCCAAGUACAGUUGUUACUGUUCUCAAAGCUAUCCGUGAAUGUAUAGUAUCGGACUUACAAUUAGUUCUUGAAUUGCUGGAGCUGGGGUUUGCACCAAAAUGGAGGAUCCAUUAGUUCAUUCCAGCAAAGAAUCGGUGGAAAAGCCCCAAAAUCUAGGGUUAAAGAAGCAAUCUUUGGCUGAGAGUGUGAAAGGAACAUCAAAAAUUGUAAGAUCACGUGUUACGGAGACGACAAAGGCAUCAGGACCAGCUGGGUCUACCAGUAAGAGAAGGGCACCGAAGAGUGAUUCAGAUUUAAGUUUGAAUGUGGUGAAAUCAACUGGGACAAAAUCAACAGUAACUGGUUCUUCACGGAGUUCGGAUUCAGUUCCAGUAACUAGAAGGACCAGCACUGGUGGUUUGCCUGAGAGGCAACCGCUUUCCACUACAAAACGGCAAAGUGCUGUCAGUUCAACCAUGGGUAAAAAGGCUAGCCCUUUGGCCUUGGAACCGUUGAGACGGUCCCUUCCGGAAGUUCGAAGGAGUUCAUUGCCUUCAGUUGUUACCAACACUCCUCAGCGGGCAACCAUUUCGGAGACUCGAAAGUCACUUCCUUCUUCGACCACUACUCGAACUUCCAGAACAUUGCCCAAUUCUGAUGCAAUCAAGCAAGAUUCUGUUAAGAAGUCUUCAUUGAAAUCCCCGUCCUCUGUUUCCUCGGUUUCUUCUUCAAGGAGAGUUUCUUCUGCAUCGUUAGACAGCACAGCCAGCAGCUCCAAUAGGAAGGUGGUUCCAAAGGUCUCUUCCCCAUCGUCUCGGUCAGGUUCAAUUACAAGUAGAUCAAAAGUUGGGUCUUUGUCCUCGUCGUUAGACAGGAGUUCUAGUUUAUCUGGUCGGAGGAAAGCAGCGACACCAGAAAGCCGGGAUUCUCGUUUUAUUAUACUUCCGCAGGUGGAAAUUAAAGCUGGCGAUGAUGUGAGGUUGGAUCUUAGGGGUCAUAGAAUUCGAAGUCUUAAUGCUAGUGGGUUGAACUUGUCGCCAAAUUUGGAGUUUGUUUAUCUCAGAGACAAUCUCUUAUCCACACUGGAAGGUAUUGAAAUACUGAAGCGGGUUAAGGUUCUUGAUUUGAGCUUUAACGAUUUCAAAGGGCCUGGAUUUGAACCACUUGAGAAUUGCAAAGUCCUACAGCAACUAUAUCUGGCUGGGAAUCAAAUCACAUCACUUGUAAGCCUGCCUGAGCUUCCUAAUUUGGAGUUUCUGUCUGUUGCUCAAAAUAAGUUGAAGACUCUUUCAAUGGCUAGUCAGCCUCGACUGCAGGUACUAGCUGCCAGCAAAAACAAAAUAUCAACUUUGAAGGGUUUCCCACAUUUACCGGCUCUCGAGCAUCUGAGAGUGGAGGAGAAUCCUAUACUUGAGAUGCCUCAUCUAGAAGCAGCUUCUAUUUUGCUUGUUGGCCCAACUUUGAAAAAGUUCAAUGAUAGAGAUCUUUCUCGAGAGGAGUUGGCAAUUUCCAAGCGAUACCCUGCUCACACUUCCUAUUGCAUUAGAGGCGGUUGGGAGUUUUGCCGUGCAGAGCAUGCAGUUGAUUCAACGUUUCGGUUUCUUGUCGAACAAUGGAAAGAUCAAUUUCCUCCAGAUUAUCUGCUCAAGGAAGCAUAUGUGGAUCAACCAUUUGAAGAAGAUGCUUGUUGCUGCCAUUUUAAUUUCAUCAAAGACAAAGCUGGGAGCAGUGAUACAGAAUUAGUGUUGAAAUAUCAAUGGUUUGUUGGAGAGAGAACUCCUUCAAAUUUUACAGCUAUUCCUGAUGCCACUGGCGAAGUGUACUGGCCAAAGCACGAUGACAUUGAAAGAAUUCUGAAAGUGGACUGCACUCCCAUGUUAGGAGGGACUGAAUAUCCCUCAAUUUUUGCUAUUUCUUCGCCAGUUUCAGCUGGAACUGGAUGUCCAAAGGUUUUGAAGAUUGAUGUGCGUGGGGAACUAGUGGAGGGAAACACCAUCAGGGGUUAUGCAGAAAUUGCAUGGUGUGGUGGGACUCCAGGGAAAGGUGUUGCUAGUUGGUUAAGGAGAAAAUGGAAUAGCAGCCCGCUGGUUAUUGUUGGUGCAGAAGAUGAGGAAUAUCGGCUGACUCUUGAUGAUGUUGAUUCGUGUUUGGUUUUCAUGUACACUCCUGUAACGGAAGAAGGUGCCAAAGGAGAACCGCAAUAUGCAAUUACAGAUUAUGUCAAACCAGCUCCUCCGUCAGUCGAUAAUGUGCAAAUUAUUGGUGUUGCUGUCGAAGGAAAUACCAUUAGAGGAGUUGGAGAGUACUUUGGAGGAAGAGAAGGUCCCAGCAAGUUUGAGUGGUUGCACGAGGACAUGGAUACUGGAGAAUUUGUAUUGGUGUCAACUGGUACAACUGAGUAUGCUUUAAUGAAAGAAGAUGUUGGCCGGCGCUUGGCUUUUGUGUAUAUACCUAUCAAUUUUGAGGGGCAGGAAGGAAAAUCUGUGUCAACAGUGUCUCAGAUAAUCAAGCAAGCUCCCCCAAAAGUAAUGAAUGUGAAAAUAAUUGGUGAUUUGAGGGAGGGAAGUAAGGUCACUGUAACGGGUAUUGUCACUGGUGGAACUGAAGGAUCCAGCAGAGUUCAGUGGUUUAAAACAAGUUGCUCAACAUUGGAGGGUGAGAAUGGUCUUGAAGCAGUAAGCACAUCCAAAAUUGCAAAGGCAUUUCGCAUACCUUUAGGAGCCGUUGGUUAUUUUAUUGUUGCGAAAUUUACUCCUAUGACUCCAGAUGGUGAAGCUGGUGAAGCAGCAUAUGUUAUAUCUGAAAGACCAGUUGAGACUCUUCCUCCAAGCUUAAAUUUCCUAUCUAUCACUGGUGAUUACUGUGAAGAUGGAAUACUGACAGCAUCAUAUGGGUAUAUAGGGGGUCAUGAAGGAAAAAGUAAUUACAAUUGGUAUCUUCAUGAGGUUGAAACUGAUUCAGGUUCUCUGAUACCCGAAGUUUCGGGUCUUCUCCAGUAUCGUGUUACAAAAGAUGCCAUCGGUAAAUUCAUAUCCUUUACAUGUACCCCAAUACGCGACGAUGGGAUUGUGGGCGAGUCAAGAACUGUCAUAGGGCAAGAGCGUGUUCGUCCUGGAAGCCCAAGAUUACUUUCUCUGCAAAUAGUUGGAACUGUUGUUGAAGGCACUACACUUACUGUUGACAAAAAAUAUUGGGGUGGUGAAGAGGGAGACUCAGUUUUCCGUUGGUUCCGGACUAGUUCAGAUGGCACCCCAAGUGAAGUCAAAGGUGCUGCGAGUUCAUCAUACAUGCUCUCAGUUGAUGAUAUCGGCUGCUUUGUUUCAGUUUCGUGUGAGCCUGUCAGAAGUGAUUGGGCUCGUGGUCCUACUGUGCUAUCUGAACAAAUUGGACCAAUAAUACCUGGGCCACCAACUUGUCAAUCACUUGAAUUUCUUGGAUCAUUAAUGGAAGGAGAGCGUUUGAGCUUUAUUGCGUCUUACAGUGGAGGGGAAAAAGGAGAUUGCUUCUAUGAAUGGUUUAGAGUGAAAAGUAAUGGCAUCAAGGAGAAAGUAAAUGCUGGUGCAGAAUUUUUGGAUUUGACUUUUGACGAUGUGGGGAGAUGCGUAGAGCUUGUCUACACCCCUGUGCGAAAAGAUGGAAUUAAAGGGAAUGCUCGGAGUUUAGUAUCUGAUGUGGUUGGUCCUGCGGACCCGAAGGGUGUGGAGCUCUUAGUUCCUGAUUGCUGCGAGGACAAGGUGAUAGUCCCUCAAAAGACUUACUUUGGUGGAGAAGAAGGUGAUGGAGAAUAUGUUUGGUACCGAACAAGGAAUAAAUUACAUGGAUCUUCUCUAAUGGACAUAUCUAAUACUUCUCAAGAUGUUGUUAUAUGUGGAAAAACAUUAACAUACACUCCAUCACUGGAAGAUGUGGGGGCUUAUUUAGCUUUACAUUGGCUACCAACUCGUGCGGAUGGAAAAUGCGGAAAGCCUUUAGUUUCAAUUUGCAAUUCUCCUGUCACAGCAGCUCUUCCAGUAGUUUCUAACGUUCGCGUGAAGGAGUUGUCUUCUAGUACUUAUUUUGGAGAAGGAAAAUAUUUUGGUGGAUAUGAAGGAUCAAGCCUGUUUAGCUGGUAUAGAGAAACUAGUGAUGGAACCAUCAUUCUCAUCAACGGAGCGAAUUCUAGAACUUAUGAUGUUACAGAUUCAGACUACAAUUGCCGUUUGUUGUUCGGAUAUACACCAGUUCGUUCAGAUUCAGUUGUGGGAGAACUAAGAUUAUCUGAGCCAACUGACAUUAUUCUCCCAGAACUUCCGAAAAUUGAGAUGGUUGCUCUUACGGGAAAGGCUGUCGAAGGAGAUGUAAUCACUGCCGUUGAAGUAAUUCCGAAGUGUGAAACUCAACAACUUGUUUGGGGCAAGUACAAGAAAGAUGUCAGAUAUCAAUGGUUCUGUUCAUCUGAAACGGGAAACACUGAAUCCUUUGAUCUAUUACCUUCACAACGUUCUUGCUCUUAUAAGUUGCGAUUGGAGGACAUUGGUCGGUGUCUGAGAUGUGAAUGCAUUGUGAACGAUGUGUUUGGAAGGUCAAGUGAGCCAGCAUAUGCUGAAACUGCUUUCAUCUUACCAGGGAUCCCUAGAAUUGAUAAGCUGGAGAUUGAGGGCAGAGGUUUCCACACCAACUUAUAUGCUGUCCGAGGCAUUUAUGGUGGAGGAAAGGAGGGAAAAAGUAGAAUUCAGUGGCUUAGAUCAAUGGUUGGAAGUCCUGACCUUAUCUCUAUUCCUGGGGAAACUGGCAGGAUGUAUGAAGCUAAUGUCGAUGAUGUGGGUUACAGGCUGGUGGCGGUUUAUACUCCUUUGAGAGAGGAUGGAGUUGAGGGGCAGCCUGUUUCUGCGUCAACUGAGCCAAUUGCAGUUGAGCCCGAUGUUCUUAAAGAGGUGAAGCAGAUGCUUAAUCUUGGAUCCGUGAAGUUUGAGGUAUUGUGUGAUAAGGACCGAUCUCCGAAAAAGGUUCCAGGAGUUGGCAGUCUUGAUAGAAGAAUUCUGGAAAUUAAUAGGAAGAGAAUCAAGGUUGUGAAGCCUGGUUCUAAGACUUCAUUUCCCACGACUGAGAUUCGUGGAAGCUAUGCUCCUCCAUUCCAUGUUGAGAUUUUCCGAAAUGACCAACAUCGGCUCAAGAUUGUAGUAGACAGUGAGAAUGAAGUAGACUUGAUGGUACAGACCCGGCACCUACGUGAUGUCAUUGUCCUUGUGAUUCGAGGCCUUGCUCAGCGAUUCAACAGUACAUCCCUCAAUUCUCUCCUCAAAAUAGAAACAUGACCUGCUAGUAAAUAUUUUGUAAAUCGAGUCUCUCUCUCUAUUCCCAUUGUUUCAUUUUGCUUUUAUUGCAUUGUUGUCGUCUGUAUAAAACCUUAUUUAUAUUUUUCUGUAAUUUGCAUGGAGUUGUGUGUAGUAGCCAGAAAAUGUGGUGUCACAACUACUUUAUAUUAUUAUGUCAUUGCUACUGUUCUUAUGUUUGAUGCACAAAUCGUAAUUUGUUAGAAACAAUGGUGAUUAGUUUAUAUAUCCAUUCUAAGUUUCUUUUUA